CCUGGACUGCUUCAUGACAGAAAACUUUGGAUAAGAAAUUUUAACUCUUCAUCAUUUGCUGCAAGACAUCUUCCACUGUACAGAGUUUCGAUAGCUACCUCUUCGCUCCAUGGAUUACCCCUCUCGAUAACUGGAAUUAGGAUAUAAUUAAGCCUCUAAAUAAAUGGGGCGCACAUUAAGAAGGCGCCAUUUCAAAAAGAAGCAGUAUUCGGUGGAAUCAGAAAAUGAGGCAGUGAAUCUUGAACAUUUAUCAGCUUGGAUGAGGUCUGAGAACUGGUCUCCAACUUGUGAUUUACUUUGUUACGAUUUUCCAGGAACUGGAAGAGGCUUGAAAGCAUUGCAAAGAGUUGAGAAUAAUACAACAAUUAUGAGGAUACCUAAAAAAUUGUUGAUCACAACAUCCAAUAUAACACAAAGCGAUAUUCAACAGAUACUUUUGAAUAAUUGUAGCGGCAAUGUCAUUGAUCGUGCACAAAAAAAGAAAAAUGUACCACAAUCCAAACCUGUGGUCACACCGGUCACAGUAUCCUCCGUAGUAACAGGUGUAACUGGUGGUAAACCAGGUCAGCAAAAGCGGAAUUGUUUCCAUCCAGGUACAUCGAAUAUAGGAAGUGAAGUUAUCAACUUCCAAGACAAGCCUCCAGUCACAAGUAAAGACAUGCUUAAAGGAAUGCUAAGUUACAUUUGGCCAAAGGAUGAUCCAACAAUUAAAAAACGAGUUCAACUGGCAAUGGGGUUGCUGGUCGGUGCAAAGCUCAUGAAUGUUUGUGUACCAUUCUUAUUUAAGAAUGCGAUCGACACACUAAAUACUCACGCUGUAGCAGGAGGUGGAGAACCUCUACUGAGUCUUGGAACAGCUCCUGAAACUAUAGCCACCGUAGGAACGUCCCUACUCAUUGGCUACGGUAUUGCACGUGCUGGUGCAGCUGGAUUAAACGAACUUCGAAAUGCAGUAUUCGCUAAGGUAGCACAGCAUUCAAUCCGCAGGAUAGCGAAAAACGUAUUUCUCCAUCUACAUAAUAUGGAUCUCGCAUUUCAUUUGAGCAGACAGACUGGUGCAUUGUCUAAGACGAUAGAUCGUGGAAGCCGUGGUAUAAAUUUUGUUCUUAAUGCAAUGGUAUUCAACAUAGUACCUACGGUAUUUGAACUUGCCUUAGUCAGCACAAUUUUGGGUAUCAAAUACGGGCCAGAAUUUUCUGGAAUAGCGCUAGGAUGCGUAGGAAUUUAUACAGCAUACACACUCGGCGUUACUAAAUGGAGGACAAAGUUUCGUGUUUUUAUGAAUCGAGCAGAAAAUGACGCUGGUAAUAAAGCAAUUGAUUCACUCAUCAAUUAUGAAACAGUGAAGUAUUUCAACAAUGAACGAUACGAAGCUGAACGUUAUGACGAGUCUUUGAAAAAAUAUGAAGCAGCUUCAUUAAAAACCAAUACAAGUCUGGCACUGUUGAACUUUGGACAGCAUGCUAUAUUCAGCGCCGCUUUAAGUAUGAUUAUGGUUCUGACAGCGAAAAACAUUGUUAAUGGCACAAUGACAGUUGGUGAUUUGGUAAUGGUAAACGCAUUGCUAUUCCAAUUGUCAGUUCCAUUAGGCUUUCUUGGUUCGGUAUACCGAGAAGUGAGACAAGCACUUAUAGACAUGCAAACGAUGUUUACUCUGAUGACUAUGGACAGUUCCAUCAAGAACACGAAGAAUCCUGUACCUUUUCAGGUGACACCCAGCACCUCAGAAAUUACUUUCAAAAACGUUCAUUUCCAGUACGUCGAGGGUAAAACGAUAUUUGAAGAUCUGAGUUUCACUAUUCCAAGUGGUAAGAAGGUCGCUAUUGUAGGUGGAUCAGGCUCAGGUAAAUCGUCUGUAGUACGAUUACUCUAUCGAUUUUUCGAACCGCAACAAGGUGAAGUUUACAUAAACGGGCAGAAUAUUCGCGAUAUCGAUGUGAAUGAACUGAGAAAAUCAGUGGCUAUCGUUCCACAGGAUUCUGUGUUGUUCCACGAUACUAUUUUUUACAACCUUCAUUACGGUAAUUUGAAAAAAACUGAAGAAGAAGUUUACCAGGCCGCUAAAAUGGCCAACCUGCAUGACGCUAUUCUAAAAUGGCCCAAGGGUUAUCAAACGCAAGUUGGGGAACGAGGAUUGAAAUUAAGCGGUGGUGAAAAACAGAGGGUUGCAAUAGCGAGAGCAAUAUUAAAAGACAGUCCUAUCCUUGUAUUUGAUGAAGCUACGUCAUCGUUAGAUUCAAUCACCGAACACAAUAUUUUAGAGGCUUUAAAACGUGCGACUGUAGACCGUACGUCGAUCGUCAUCGCGCAUCGUUUAUCAACUGUAAUGGAUGCCGACGAUAUUCUAGUCUUGGAUGGCGGAAGAUUAGUGGAAAGAGGAACGCAUGCCAAAUUAAUAGCCACGCCAAAUUCUCUGUACAGUAAAUUAUGGGAAGCACAGCAUAUAGGUAUGAUUCACCAAGAUAAUAGUGAAAAACUUGCCCAAUCAGAAGAAGGGUCACUGUAGUGAAGCAGGAAGGUUGAAAGUUACUUGAGUUUGAAGAAUAUAAUCUCCACGGGUGUCGUGUUACACCCGUACCCAUGUAAAUAAAUUUCGUAACUUGUGUGGUAGAAAUGACAAGAGUUAUAAGAGGUGAAACCAAUAAUGUAAAUAGUUGUACAGGUAUUCAACGAGUACGUCAUUCAGAUAGAGAGUAUUGUUGAUUCCAUUUCUACCAAACAUGCUGGCAUUUUCGGGAAACAGAAUGAAUUAGUUAUAAGUUAUUUGAACAAACCAAAAAUGUUUUUAUCGUUGUACCCUUCAGAAAGCCAAUUUGGAUUUUGAAAUGUUCUAUGAAUAAUGAAAACUGAAAGUAACAUAUGUAUAUGAAAUUAAAGGAAAUCUUGUUACAUUGUA